UCUAUUGUUUUGCUGGCGCUCGAGUGAAAGACUUGUUCAUUGGAAUCCAAACUGAGAGCCAUGGCGGAUGAACAAGAGAUUAUGUGCAAAUUAGAAAACAUAAAGGAAAUAAGAAACAAGACCAUUCAGAUGGAGAGGAUCAAGUCGAGGCUGAAGACCGAGUUUGAAGCUCUGGAGUCGGAGGAAAAGCAGCUGAGAGAGUACAAGCAGGAGAUGGACCUGCUGCUCCAGGAGAAGAUGGCUCAUGUUGAGGAGCUGCGUUUAAUCCACGCUGACAUCAAUGUGAUGGAGAACACAAUCAAGCAGUCGGAGAAUGACCUGAACAAGCUCCUGGAGACAACACGGCGCCUCCACGAUGAGUACAAGCCCCUGAAGGAGCAUGUGGACGCACUGAGGAUGGCGCUGGGCUUACAGAGGCUGCCACAUCUGAGUGAAGAAGAGGAGAAGCUCUCGCUGGAUUACUUUGAGAAGCAGAAAGCUGAGUGGCAGACAGAACCACCUGAGCAGAUGAUCCCAGAAUCCCUUGCAGCAGCUGCAGCUGCUGCCCAGCAGCUCCAGGUGUCCCGGAAACAAGAUGCCCGACAGCCAACCACCUUCCGACAGCAGCCCCCGCCCAUGAAGGCAUGUCUGUCCUGCCACCAACAAAUUCAUCGAAACGCCCCAAUUUGUCCUCUGUGUAAAGCUAAGAGCCGGUCCCGAAACCCCAAGAAACCCAAAAGGAAACAAGAGGAAUGAAAUUGUCACUGGUUUUAGGAAGCCCCUCACAUUUCUUUUUUUUUUUUCUUCAAGUAUGUAUUUACAUGUCAUGUAAGCACAAAUUCAAAUUUAAGGUAAAAUGAAAAAGGGAUUCAUCAUCUUCCUUUUUGAUCACAUCAUGUAAGAUACACACACAUUAAUGUUCAUUUGUUGCCUUCAGUGAAAUGAGCAAGCUAAGAUUCUCCCAAAUUAGACACAUGAAUUUCAGUCUGUAAAGUCUUAUAACAUUGAACAUUUUGCUUAAAUGACUAAGAUUAUCUGUAUGCUCAAAUGGUCAUGUUUAGGUUAGUGGUAAGUAUAAUAUUUAAAAGCAAGGUAAAUACUGUAUCUGUAAAUGAUUUGGUAAAUGGUUACCAGCCAAGAGACUUGCACUGCUGAUAUUUGCAGUGCAAAGUCUGACAAAUUGUUUUCCUGGUUGCUCAAAUAUUCAGUAAUUUUUGGACUUUGUGUAAAUGAUCACAGAUACAGUCUACAGUUUUUUGUGUUAUAUGAUCUCAGUCUGUCUACUUGUUUAAAGAGAGUGUCUUGUCUUGUGGUUUUGUUAUUUGUAAUUAAGUGUGUUCUUUGCGUAUUGUCUUGUAAAGACUUGUCUUCCAGGUUAUCAUUGAUUAGUCUUAAUUUAUGAAAGGAAAGCUUUGUAAAUUGAGAUGAGACAUCAGCUGUGUGGUGUUGGUGUAGUAGCAUUAAUUCAUGAUCUUAGGAUAGAUGCAACUCUUAUUGGCAAUAUUGGGCAGUACUUUUAAGUGUGGUAAGGAAGGGCCUGUACUGUAGACUGCUGUCCUCUCCUAUAGACUUCCUGUCCUGUCCAUGCUGCUUAAUUAUUGUAUUUACAGGAAAAUGCUUUAAUUUUCAAAAUGCAUACUUUUAGUAUGUAUUUGGAAGACAGGGGCAACCAGACAGCUAAUUUCAGUUGAAUACAGUGAAGUAAAUUGCAGUUAAACACAGUAUUUGGAAAAUGUGUUUUCAUUUUGUCUUGUACUGAUUAUGCAAAUAGCUGAUGUAAUUAGACUCAAAUCUAUCUUUGCACCUUUGUAUCUAGAGUUAACGGUCAGAAUUUUUUUCCAGUGAAGUAGUAUGGCUUACACCAAAGCUGCUCUUAAAACAUGCUUAACAUGAAGGAUGUUUGACAAAUUGUUUUUCAGUCCUCUUUUCUCUGGGAAGUGCAGUGAGUUGUAUUGCAUUUUUUUA